UCCAGUCGAUUUUGGGCUUUUCUCGUUGGGAUCGAUGGGUAUUCAUCUAACCCAUUGCGCGGUUGUGUGGCAGACGCCUUAGCAAUGAAGGAGUACCUUAUCGAAGACUUCCUCGUGCCUAGAGAGCGAAUUCAAAAUCUUCUUGGUCCAACGGACCAGGGUCACGGCACAGCGGCCGACCCUUCCUCCUUCCCUUCUCGCAACAAUAUUCUAUCCGUCCUUCGUAGUCUCAUCACCAACCCUAACAUCAAGCACGGCGAUCCCAUCAUCAUCUUUUUCGCUGGACAUGGUUCUCGCUAUCCAUUGUCAGACGAUGACGAUGAUCCUGACUUUUUUGACGAGGACCCCGAUGAUGAGCACUGCCGCAAAUUCGUUGAGGUGCUUUGUCCCAUGGACCGGAACACCCUCGACAGUAGCGGCGCAUUCGUCCCCGAUAUCACCGACCGGGAGAUCAAUACUUUGCUCUCCCAGAUAUCCCAUACCAAAGGACAUCGAAUCACGUUUAUCCUGGAUUGC